AUGAAAGAGCCAAUACCGCCCCCGACGGAGAUUAUUUCCAGCUCCUCCUUCUCAUCACCGAAGCAACUGCGCUUCCUCGUCAUCGGCGGUGGCUCUCGCGGAAACGCCUACGCUCGUGCCGUCACAACCGUAACACCGGGUGUUAUCCAUGCAAUCGCCGAGCCCCACGCCUUCAAACGACGCGAGUUUGGACGAAGAUAUAUAUGGGGUAUAUCCGAAUCCCCCCAAGUGGGGCAGGAAUUCACGGAUUGGCGCGAGUGGGUGCAGUGGGAACUCGAGCGAAGGAAGCGGGCGACUCAAAACAACGACGAGAACGCAGCAGACACAACCCCAACUCCCGUGGGCGUAGACGGAGUCUUUAUCUGCACGCUAGACGAAACACAUGUCGAGAUCUUACAAGCCCUCGCCCCGCUCCAGUUACACAUCCUCUGCGAGAAGCCACUAGCCCUCUCGCUAGACGACUGUCUAACAGUAUACCGAACCCUCCAACCACCUGAAGGCCCAAAUAACACUCCUAAAGCGCCAAAUAACAUAUUCUCAAUCGGCCACGUCCUCCGUUACAGCCCGCACAACAUCCUCCUCCGCAAGCUCCUCCUGACAGACCGCGUAAUCGGCGACAUAGUCUCCCUAGAACACUGCGAGCCAGUAGGUUGGUGGCACUUCUCGCACAGCUACGUCCGUGGAAACUGGCGACGCGCAACUGCAGCAGGCGACGGCUCCCUCCUCACAAAAUCCUGCCACGACAUCGACUUCAUCCUCUGGCUCCUCUGCUCCCCUCCCUCACCCGAAACAGCAUCCAAACAAGCUCACGAACCACACUUCCCGCGCUCCAUAUCCUCAGCCGGCACGAUGACUCAGUUCCGCCGAAAGCGCAAGCCUAUCUCCGCAGGCAACGCUACAAACUGUCUCUCCUGCCCCGCUGAACGUGACUGUAACUACAGCGCAGUCAGGAUCUAUAACGACCGCCACCUCGCGAUGGGUCACACAGCCUGGCCGGUUGACAUUGUCUGCCCAGAUAUAGAAGACGUGUUCCGUGCUCAAGGUGGCAAGGCUGCCGAGUCGCUGCUCCUCUCCCGUCUUGCCGAGGACUAUGACCGGGAUACGGCGUCGGACUCGGAUAUCGCUGCGCGGCCUUGGUACGGGCGGUGCGUCUACGAAGCUGAUAAUGAUGUCUGCGAUGAUCAGGUUGUGACGUUUGUUUGGGAUGAUGAGGAGGCAGCACCGCAUCGGCUUGCUAAAACGGCGAGCUUCCAUAUGAUUGCGCCUACGGAGAAACAGUGUGAGCGCCGGGGCCGAGUGUAUGGCACUACUGGCGAGGUUUCGUAUGAUAGUACAACGAUUUCUGUCUAUGAUUUUGCUACUGGGAAGACUUCGGUCUUUGAUGUACCAAAGCCGCCGCCAGGGCAGAACGAGUCGCAUGGUGGUGGUGACUUUGGGCUUGCGAGGCAGUUUGUUAGUGCCGUUGAGGCGGUCGAGGGAGGAUUGGAUGUUGAGACGGCGCAAACGAGGUUUGUUGGAUGUUCGCUUGAGGAGGCAGUGCGGAGUCAUGCUGUUGUUUUUGCGGCUGAGGAGGCAAGGAGGGAUGAGAGGGUUGUUAAAUGGGAGAGCUGGUGGGAGGAGAAGUUGAGAGUUUCUGCUGCUGCAUGGAAAGCGUAA